AUGGACGUCGACCUGAUUCAGGUCGUCAACAAGCUCCAGGAGACCUUCACCGCCAUUGGCGGUGAUUCGGUCGACCUCCCUCAGAUCGUCGUCGUCGGCUCCCAGUCAGCAGGAAAGUCGAGUGUCCUCGAAACCAUUGUCGGCCGCGACUUUUUGCCACGAGGUAGCGGCAUCAUUACCCGUCGUCCGCUUGUUCUUCAACUCAUUCACACUCCUUCCGCGAAGGACCAAGCUAAGCAGAGCCUCAAGCCGUCUCCGCGAUCCUAUGACCUUUCCGAUGACCACGCGCCCGAUAUGAGCCGCGGUGGCUCCAAUGGCUCGUCACUGGGCGGUGGCAGGACAAACACGUACGAAGAGUAUGGAGAGUUCCUCCAUCUCGACAAGCGCUUCACCGACUUCAACGAGAUUCGCCGCGAAAUCGAGAACGAGACUUUCCGUGUCGCAGGUCAGAACAAGGGCGUCUCCAAGCUGCCCAUCCACCUCAAGAUCUACAGCCCAAACGUGCUCAAUCUCACGCUUGUCGACUUGCCCGGUCUCACCAAGAUCCCCGUCGGCGACCAGCCUUCCGACAUCGAGCGUCAGAUUCGCAACCUCGUCACCGACUACGUUUCCAAGCCCAACUGCAUCAUCCUCGCUGUCAGCCCUGCCAAUGUGGACCUGGCCAACUCGGACAGUCUCAAGCUCGCCCGCACCGUCGAUCCUCAGGGUCGGCGCACCGUCGGCGUGCUCACCAAGCUCGACCUGAUGGACCAAGGCACGCACGCUCUUGAUAUCCUCACUGGCCGCGUCUACCCACUCAAGCUCGGCUUCAUCGGUGUUGUCAACCGCUCGCAGCAGGACAUCAACGGCAACGUCUCGAUGCUUGCAGCACGAAGAGCCGAGGAGGAGUUCUUCCGCUCGCACGCAGCCUACAAGAACAUCGCCCACCGCUGUGGUACCAAGUAUCUCGCCAAGACGCUCAAUCAGGUGCUCAUGAGCCACAUCCGCGACAAGCUGCCGGAUAUGAAGGCGCGCCUCAACACUUUGAUGGGCCAGACGCAGCAGGAGCUCGCCGCUUUCGGUGACACCACCUUCCUCGGAGACCAACACCGCGGCUCGCUCGUCCUCAAGCUCAUGACCCAGUUCGCGCGUGACUUUGUCGCCAGCAUCGACGGAACAACCUUUGACAUCUCCACCAAGGAGCUCUGCGGUGGUGCGCGCAUCUACUACAUCUUCCAAGACGUCUUUGGCCACGCGCUCACCAGCAUCAACCCCACCCACAACCUCACCGUGCAGGACAUCCGAACGGCGAUCCGCAACUCGACGGGUCCUCGUCCUUCGCUCUUCGUUCCCGAAGCUGCGUUCGAGCUGCUCAUCAAGCCGCAGAUCAAGCUGCUCGAGCCACCCUCCUUGCGCUGCGUCGAGCUGGUCUACGAAGAGCUGAUGAAGAUCUGCCACAACUGCACAUCUUCGGAACUGCAACGCUUCCCGCGUCUGCACGCGCAGCUCAUCGAAGUCGUCUCUGAGCUGCUGCGCGAGCGACUUGGUCCCACAUCCGAGUACGUCCAGAGCCUCAUCGCAAUCCAGGCCGCAUACAUCAACACGAACCAUCCGGCCUUUGUGCACGAUUCGGCCAACAUCGCACGCGAGCAGCGCGAGGCGCAGGCGCGAAAGCAAGUCGCCAUUCUUCCGUCCAGUUCGAGGCGCAAGGGCUCAUUUGACGAUCAGGGCGAUGUGUCGAACGACCUGUCGGACGAUGAUGCGGACAACAGUGGCAACUCGAGGAGUCUGACGGUGAACGGGGUUGGAAAGACGGGAGGGGCGAGGGACAAGAAGGAGCGGGCGGCCUCGACGGGCGAUGGGCGCCCGCACUCUGCGUCUGCGCCGGACGGACGCGGACACCACACCAUCGGCCACGCCUCCGCUGGUGGCUACGCUAACGGAGCCAACGCCGCGGGUGGGGCGAAGGAUACGUUCCUCAACUACUUCUUCGGCGGAGCAUCCGGUCUGCCCGUUGGCGGCGUGGGCCCAUCCUCCGGGCUGGGCGGAUACCACACCCCGGCACCGCACGCGCACUCGCCCCGUCUCCCCGAGUACAGCACCUCGCGCGAGCACAAGCCCAACGCCAUGUCCGGUCGCACCGGCCUAGAAGGCAACUCGGCAGCAUACGACAUGAAGUCGCUCGACAAACACCUCGAAGCCACCCCGAUCUCGUCCGCCGAAUACGCCCUCUCGGACCGGGAGGAGUUGGAGACCACGCUGAUUCGCAGCUUGAUAGCCAGCUACUUCAGCAUCGUGCGAUUGAGCAUCCAGGACCUGGUGCCCAAGGCGAUCAUGCAUCUGCUGGUCAACUUUAGUCGGGAGAGCGUGCAGAACCGGCUCGUGGCGAGCUUGUACAAGGAGACGCUGUUCGAGGAGCUCCUGUACGAGGAUGAGGGGUUGACGAGCGAGAGAAAGCGGGUGAAGCAGUUGCUGGAUGCGUACAGGGAGGCGUUCAACACGUUGAGCGAGGUCACAUUUAAGCCGGCGGGCAGUGCGUAG